UCAGAUGAUGGAAUAAGUAAAGAUUUUUCUUGCGCUUAUCCAAUUGUUGGACGUUACGUCUACAUUCAAAUGGUUGGAAUACAGGGAUCUCUCUCCUUAUGUGAAGUUAUGGUAUUUACAACUCAAGAAUUCUCUGCUGGAAGAUGUGGAAAUCAAUUAGAACCAUUAGAAUUAACAACUUUCAACAGGACAUGUUACGAAUUUCAAGGGCAGAAAGGGGGUUCGUUUCAAGAUGCCGAAGAAUAUUGCAGAGCUCGAGGUGGAUUAUUAGUGCAUAAUGUAGAGAACCUUAUACAAAAUUUCAUUGCCGCUGAGUUGGAAAGAAGAAAAGAAAAGAUGAAAGCCAAUUUAGUAUGGCUCGGAGUUAAACGAGAUUCUGGUUUGGGCCGAAAAUCAAGAAUUUGGCAUUGGGUUAAUAAACAAGAAGUUCGAGAAUUUUUAUGGGCAGAAGAUCAGCCAAAUAAUUAUAACGGAAAGCAGAAUUGUGUAGUGUUAGACGGUGGCAGAAAAUGGCUUUGGAAUGAUGUUACGUGUGAUUUAGAUUACUUACCUUGGGUCUGUCAGUAUGUUCCAUCCAGUUGUGGAAGUCCCGACAGCAAAGAAAAUACAACAGCAAUAGGAAAAGAUUAUAGAUUGGGAAGAGAAGUUAAAUAUGCAUGUCCUGUAGGUAGUAUGUUGGUUGGUAACAAAAUCAGAAGGUGUGCCUCUAAUGGAUUUUGGACUGGGACUGCUCCAACAUGCAAACAUAUCAAUUGUAAUUCAUUAAAUAGUAUUCCACAUGGAAUAGUUAUAUACAAAGACUCCCGAACAACAUUCAAUGCUACUGCUGUUUAUGUCUGUGAUCAGAAUUUCACUUUAACUGGAAAUGAUGUUCGAUUUUGUGAAGGGAAUGGAAAAUGGAGUGGUAAAGAACCACAAUGUCUAGUGAAUUGGUGUCCUGAUCUAAAGAUUCCAGUUAAUGGAAAUAUUGAAAUCAAAGGUCUCAGAGCAAACGACACUGUUAAAUAUAGUUGUAAUAAAGGGCAUAAAUUAGUAGGAAAUGAAAACAGAACCUGUUUACUUGGAGGAAAAUGGACAGGAGAUGAUCCAGUUUGCAAAUUUCUUGACUGUGGAGAAGUGGAUCCUGUAAAGCAUGGCAAGCACCAAUUACUUGAUAAUGUUACUACAUACUUAUCAAAAGUAUCUUAUACUUGCUUUGAAAAUUACACCUUGGUCGGUGACAGUGAAAGAACCUGUCAAGAUACUGGGUUGUGGAGUGGAACAGAUCCAAAAUGUGAAAUAAUCAACUGCGGAAACCCAGAUUCGCCAUUGGGUUCCUAUUUCACAGGAGAGAUCUUUACAAUACAUUCACAAAUAGAGUAUCAUUGUGAAUCUGGACAUAAAAUGUUUGGAAAUUUUAUAAGAACAUGUUCGAAAGAUGGAAAUUGGACAGGACAACCACCAGAAUGUCGCUAUAUUGAUUGUGGUCGAGUACAACCUAUUUUGAAAGGAGAAGUUAAUUAUGUCAAUAGUACAACGUUUCUGAAUAGCAUCUUGACCUAUUCGUGUAGUAGAGGUUAUCGUUUAAUUGGAGGUAGUAUAUUGAGAACUUGUCUGGAAGAUGGUAAAUGGUCGGGAAGUGCACCUAAAUGUGAAGAGGUUCGUUGUGUUCCACCGGAAGUACCCAAAAAUGCUACUGUUAUUUACGGAGGUAAUGACCGUACUUCACUGGAAUCGUUUAAAAUUGGUGCAACAGUACAAUAUCGGUGCAUCCCUGGUCAUUUAGUAAGUGGAGAACCACUUCGUAGUUGUUUACCAUCGGGAGUCUGGAGUGGUCAACCUCCUAGUUGCAUGUAUGUAGAUUGUGGACUACCUUCACCAGUGCCACAUGGGAGAUGGUUACUACCUUCAAAUACUACAUAUUAUGGUAACCAGGUAGAAUACGAAUGCGAUAAGAAUUACGAAUUAAAGGGUCCCGGAAGAAGAUUAUGCCUGGAAAAUGCAUCUUGGAGUAAUAUUGAACCGGAGUGUCGAGAGGUGUCUUGUGGAGAACCCGAUAGAAGAGAUAAUAUGACCAUUAUUGAAGGAAAGCACUUUGUUGUGACCAGUAUAGUUACAUAUACAUGUCAAUACGGUUAUAAACUAAAAGGAAAUGGCACUCGAGUAUGCCAAAGUAAUGGAUAUUGGUCGGGCGUAGUGCCUCAUUGUGAAUUGGUGGACUGCGAUUCUCCGGGGGUGAUAUUCAAUGGACGUGGUUUCCUAGCGAAUGGCACUACAACGUACGGCAGUGUAGUCGAAUAUAAUUGUCUACCAGAAUUUCAAAUGGUAGGAAAUCCAAUUAGAAAGUGUACAGCUACGGGAGAAUGGAGUGGAAAACCUCCUAAAUGUAUAGAUAUUGUUAAAAAUGAAGAAGCUGGGAGACCUGAUGGUCAAACCAGCAACGAAGAUCUGGACAUGUCAAAAACUAUAGGAAUUGGCGUGGCUGUCGGAGCAGGAGCACUACUUAUUCUUAUUAUAGUUGUAGCUAUUGUUUGCAUGAAAACGAGGAAAGUACAAAAAGUAAAGAACACAGAAAACGUAGAGGUGAAUAGAGUAGAAGAUAAAGAUAGAGCAGCUGUCAUGUCUUAUUCAAGAUUAAGUUUAGAAACGGAUAAUAGUAAUCACACGUUAAACGGAAAUGGGGCCAUAAGAAAUAAUCCAAAUGGGCUAGUGACAUUUAGUAGUGGUGGUACUCAACCGAUCUAUGCCAACGUUACAGUUAAUGGUCAAAAUAUGAAUUCACCCCACGUUCGAAAUUCGAAUUCUGCCGGACAGAGUAAUAAUUUGUGUUUUAUUGGAUAUGCACNUGCUACUGUUAUUUACGGAGGUAAUGACCGUACUUCACUGGAAUCGUUUAAAAUUGGUGCAACAGUACAAUAUCGGUGCAUCCCUGGUCAUUUAGUAAGUGGAGAACCACUUCGUAGUUGUUUACCAUCGGGAGUCUGGAGUGGUCAACCUCCUAGUUGCAUGUAUGUAGAUUGUGGACUACCUUCACCAGUGCCACAUGGGAGAUGGUUACUACCUUCAAAUACUACAUAUUAUGGUAACCAGGUAGAAUACGAAUGCGAUAAGAAUUACGAAUUAAAGGGUCCCGGAAGAAGAUUAUGCCUGGAAAAUGCAUCUUGGAGUAAUAUUGAACCGGAGUGUCGAGAGGUGUCUUGUGGAGAACCCGAUAGAAGAGAUAAUAUGACCAUUAUUGAAGGAAAGCACUUUGUUGUGACCAGUAUAGUUACAUAUACAUGUCAAUACGGUUAUAAACUAAAAGGAAAUGGCACUCGAGUAUGCCAAAGUAAUGGAUAUUGGUCGGGCGUAGUGCCUCAUUGUGAAUUGGUGGACUGCGAUUCUCCGGGGGUGAUAUUCAAUGGACGUGGUUUCCUAGCGAAUGGCACUACAACGUACGGCAGUGUAGUCGAAUAUAAUUGUCUACCAGAAUUUCAAAUGGUAGGAAAUCCAAUUAGAAAGUGUACAGCUACGGGAGAAUGGAGUGGAAAACCUCCUAAAUGUAUAGAUAUCAAUUGUAAUUCAUUAAAUAGUAUUCCACAUGGAAUAGUUAUAUACAAAGACUCCCGAACAACAUUCAAUGCUACUGCUGUUUAUGUCUGUGAUCAGAAUUUCACUUUAACUGGAAAUGAUGUUCGAUUUUGUGAAGGGAAUGGAAAAUGGAGUGGUAAAGAACCACAAUGUCUAGUGAAUUGGUGUCCUGAUCUAAAGAUUCCAGUUAAUGGAAAUAUUGAAAUCAAAGGUCUCAGAGCAAACGACACUGUUAAAUAUAGUUGUAAUAAAGGGCAUAAAUUAGUAGGAAAUGAAAACAGAACCUGUUUACUUGGAGGAAAAUGGACAGGAGAUGAUCCAGUUUGCAAAUUUCUUGACUGUGGAGAAGUGGAUCCUGUAAAGCAUGGCAAGCACCAAUUACUUGAUAAUGUUACUACAUACUUAUCAAAAGUAUCUUAUACUUGCUUUGAAAAUUACACCUUGGUCGGUGACAGUGAAAGAACCUGUCAAGAUACUGGGUUGUGGAGUGGAACAGAUCCAAAAUGUGAAAUAAUCAACUGCGGAAACCCAGAUUCGCCAUUGGGUUCCUAUUUCACAGGAGAGAUCUUUACAAUACAUUCACAAAUAGAGUAUCAUUGUGAAUCUGGACAUAAAAUGUUUGGAAAUUUUAUAAGAACAUGUUCGAAAGAUGGAAAUUGGACAGGACAACCACCAGAAUGUCGCUAUAUUGAUUGUGGUCGAGUACAACCUAUUUUGAAAGGAGAAGUUAAUUAUGUCAAUAGUACAACGUUUCUGAAUAGCAUCUUGACCUAUUCGUGUAGUAGAGGUUAUCGUUUAAUUGGAGGUAGUAUAUUGAGAACUUGUCUCGAAGAUGGUAAAUGGUCGGGAAGUGCACCUAAAUGUGAAGAGGUUCGUUGUGUUCCACCGGAAGUACCCAAAAAUGCUACUGUUAUUUACGGAGGUAAUGACCGUACUUCACUGGAAUCGUUUAAAAUUGGUGCAACAGUACAAUAUCGGUGCAUCCCUGGUCAUUUAGUAAGUGGAGAACCACUUCGUAGUUGUUUACCAUCGGGAGUCUGGAGUGGUCAACCUCCUAGUUGCAUGUAUGGAGACUGUGGAUUACCUUCACCAGUGCCACAUGGACGAUGGUUACUACCUUCAAAUACUACAUAUUAUGGUAACCAGGUAGAAUACGAAUGCGAUAAGAAUUACGAAUUAAAGGGUCCCGGAAGAAGAUUAUGCCUGGAAAAUGCAUCUUGGAGUAAUAUUGAACCGGAGUGUCGAGAGGUGUCUUGUGGAGAACCCGAUAGAAGAGAUAAUAUGACCAUUAUUGAAGGAAAGCACUUUGUUGUGACCAGUAUAGUUACAUAUACAUGUCAAUACGGUUAUAAACUAAAAGGAAAUGGCACUCGAGUAUGCCAAAGUAAUGGAUAUUGGUCGGGCGUAGUGCCUCAUUGUGAAUGUAAGUAA